AUGGCAACCAGAAAAGCUCCAAAGAUAACCAAAUCCGCCAUCGCCGCCGUCACGUCGUCUAGAACGAAACCCCCUCCCACUCGUCCUCUCUCCGCUCCACUCUUCAAUGGAACCUUCCACCACGCUUCAGACAACGCGAUGGUUCCUCUUUCACGCUCUCGAAUUAUGAACGGAACCACCAAUGUCACCUCCGCUAAGUUCCUUUCCCACUCUUUCACUCGCAAUUUUCACGCCUCUAGUCCUUCCUACCGCUCCGCCGGAGCUUCUCAGAUAGCACAGUCGGAGUUCACAAAAAUGGCUUGGGAGGGUAUUCUUGGUGCUGUUGAUGCCGCGCGAGUCAAUAAACAACAAAUUGUGGAGUCUGAGCAUUUAAUGAAAGCACUAUUGGAGCAAAAGGAUGGUUUGGCUCGAAGGAUAUUUACUAAGGCGGAAUUAGACAACACGUCAGUUCUACAAGCUACUGAGAGUUUUAUAGCUCAGCAACCUAAGGUUACAGGUGACACUUCUGGUCCUGUUGUUGGUUCGCAUCUGAGCUCCGUUUUGAACAACUCUCAAAGGCACAAGAAAGAAAUGGGUGAUGAGUAUGUGUCUGUGGAACAUCUGUUACUAGCAUUUCAUUCGGAUAAGAGGUUUGGGCAGCAGUUAUUUAAAAAUCUUCAGCUUAGCGAGAAGGCUUUGAAGGAUGCUGUACAGGCUAUUCGUGGAAGUCAAAGAGUAACUGAUCAAAAUCCUGAGGGGAAAUAUGAAGCAUUGGAGAAAUAUGGAAACGACCUGACUGAACUUGCUAGGCGCGGAAAGCUUGAUCCUGUCAUAGGUCGAGAUGAUGAAAUUAGGCGCUGUAUCCAGAUAUUGUCACGAAGAACAAAAAACAAUCCAGUUAUUAUUGGGGAACCUGGUGUGGGGAAAACUGCAAUUGCUGAAGGAUUAGCACAACGUAUAGUGCGUGGAGAUGUUCCAGAGCCAUUGAUGAACAGAAAGUUGAUCUCCCUUGAUAUGGGUUCAUUGCUUGCUGGUGCUAAGUUUCGUGGAGAUUUCGAAGAAAGGCUGAAAGCUGUCCUAAAGGAAGUUACAGCAUCAAAUGGGCAAAUAAUUUUGUUUAUUGAUGAAAUACACACUGUUGUUGGUGCAGGAGCUACAAGUGGUGCAAUGGAUGCUGGAAACUUGUUGAAGCCAAUGCUUGGAAGGGGGGAACUUCGAUGUAUAGGAGCAACUACAUUGAAUGAGUAUAGAAAAUACAUUGAGAAGGAUCCUGCACUUGAGCGUAGAUUUCAACAAGUAUUUUGCUGUCAACCAUCUGUUGAAGAUACAAUAUCCAUUCUCCGAGGGUUGCGCGAGCGUUAUGAAUUGCACCAUGGAGUCAAAAUAUCAGACAGUGCACUUGUUUCAGCCGCAGUCCUCGCAGAUCGAUACAUCACGGAACGCUUCCUACCAGACAAAGCUAUUGAUCUUGUCGAUGAAGCUGCUGCAAAACUGAAGAUGGAGAUCACCUCUAAGCCUACAGAAUUGGAUGAGAUAGAUAGAGCGGUCUUGAAACUGGAAAUGGAAAAACUCUCUUUGAAAAAUGACACUGACAAGGCUUCUAAAGAAAGAUUAAGUAAGCUUGAAAAUGAUUUGAGUUUACUUAAACAGAAGCAGAAAGAAUUGGCAAAACAAUGGGACAGUGAAAAAGUCUUAAUGGCUAGGAUAAGAUCAAUCAAAGAAGAGAUUGAUAGAGUCAACCUAGAGAUGGAAGCUGCUGAGCGUGAUUAUGACCUGAACCGUGCUGCUGAGCUCAAAUAUGGAACUUUGAUGUCCCUUCAGCGCCAAUUAGAAGAAGCUGAAAAAAAUCUAGUUGAAUUCCAAAACUCUGGACAAUCUUUUCUUCGUGAAGAGGUCACUGACCUUGAUAUUACUGAGAUUGUAAGCAAAUGGACUGGUAUACCACUAUCAAACCUCCAACAAACAGAGAGAGAAAAGUUAGUUUUGCUGGAACAGGUUCUUCAUAAGAGGGUGAUUGGUCAGGAUAUUGCUGUAAAAUCUGUGGCUGAUGCUAUUCGCCGUUCAAGGGCUGGAUUGUCUGACCCAAACAGGCCAAUUGCAAGUUUUAUGUUCAUGGGUCCGACUGGUGUUGGCAAAACUGAGCUUGGAAAGGCUUUGGCCAAUUACUUGUUUAACACAGAAAAUGCUCUUGUUAGAAUCGAUAUGAGUGAGUACAUGGAGAAACACGCCGUAUCACGUUUAGUUGGGGCUCCACCUGGUUAUGUUGGUUAUGAAGAAGGUGGUCAGCUAACUGAAGUGGUCCGCAGAAGACCCUACUCCGUGGUACUAUUUGAUGAAAUAGAAAAAGCACAUCACGAUGUCUUCAAUAUUUUGUUGCAAUUGUUGGAUGAUGGACGGAUUACUGAUUCUCAAGGAAGGACUGUUAGCUUCACAAAUUGUGUUGUGAUUAUGACUUCAAACAUUGGCUCCCAUUACAUACUUGAAACCCUUCGCAGCACACAGGAUGACAAAAGUGCAGUUUAUGAUCAGAUGAAAAGGCAAGUUGUUGAGUUGGCUAGGCAAACAUUCCGUCCAGAGUUCAUGAAUCGAAUUGAUGAGUAUAUAGUUUUCCAGCCUUUGGAUUCCAAUGAGAUCAGCAAAAUAGUGGAGCUUCAGAUGGAACGUGUGAAGUACAGACUCAAACAGAAGAAAAUUGAUCUUCAUUACACACAAGAUUGUGUUAAUCUUCUUGGUGUAUUGGGUUUUGAUCCUAAUUUUGGAGCAAGACCAGUUAAAAGAGUAAUACAACAAUCGGUAGAAAAUGAAAUUGCAAUGGGAGUUUUAAGGGGAAAUUUCAGAGAAGAGGACUCAAUCAUUGUAGAUGCUGAAGAAACUUCAUCAGGCGAGGAAGGCUCCUCCAUAAAGAGGCUGAUUAUUAAGAAACAGGAUAUUGUUGCUAAUGCAAUGGUUGCCAAUGAUUAG